AUGGCGCUGGUGCGUGUGUACCCAAUCACCACCACCCUUCCUCGUCUUGCUUCAUCACUUUCCCUUACAACCAAAUUCGUCGUUCGGAGCUCUAACCUUCACCUCAAUGUCCAACCCAAUCACUCGCGCAAGUUAGUUCUGGAAGUCAAAGACAAGCUUGAAAAAGAACACCAUACUCUUCCUAUUGGUAGAAAUGGUAGGGAUGAUGAAGAUAUGAUACUAUGGUUUCUCAAAGAUCGCAAAUUUUCCGUUGAAGAAGCUGCUUCUAAGUUGACUAAAGCCAUUAAAUGGCGUCAAGAUUUUGAGGUCUCUAAAUUGACUGAAGAAGCUGUUAAACAUGUUGUUAAAACUGGAAAAGCAUAUAUACAUGACUUUCUUGAUGUCAAUGGCAGACCCGUGCUUGUCGUGGUUGCAGCAAAGCAUUUUCCUAAAGCACAGGAGCCUGAAGAUGAUGAGAGGUUAUGUGUUUUCCUAAUUGAGAAGGCAUUGAGUAAGCUUCCGCCUGGGAAAGAACAGAUACUUGGAAUAUUUGAUCUCAGAGGUUUUGGUACGGAAAAUGCUGAUCUUAGAUACUUGACAUUUUUGUUUGAUGUGUUCUAUUGUUACUAUCCAAAGCGAUUAUCUGAAGUUUUGUUUGUGGAUGCUCCUUUUGUGUUUAAACCAAUUUGGCAGCUUACCAAGCCUUUGUUAAAAUCAUAUGCUUCUCUGGUAAGAUUUUGCUCUGCAGAGACUGUGAGGAAGGAAUAUUUUACGGAUGAAACUUUGCCAUCAAACUUCAGAGGUUAA